GCUGCCCUGCCGAUCACCUCGAGACUUCAUCCGCCAUACUAGGCAUCGCAGAUUCGCCAGAACCUUACCUUUAUUUAACUAAAAUUGAGAAUUACAACUGCUUAUUAUAAAAACGUAUCAGUAAUGCAUUUUUGCCAAUUAAUGAAAAAAUAUCUAGUCUAGAUUGUGGGAAAUAUGAGCACGUCUAAAGCAGGUGAUGUUGCAAUCUACAUGUGUAAACUAUGCAACCAGUUCUCGAAACAGCGAGACCAGCUUCUGCUCCACUGCACCCAGCAGCACCAGGCUGCAGAGCUGCCUCAGGACGAGAUAAUAGUAUCUCUUCUACCUCUAUCAGGCCCUCCCCAGGAAGCCACAGACAGCCAUGUGAAACGAAAACGAGGGAGGCCUAAAGGCUCUACCAAGAAGAGCUGUUCUGAUAAGCUUGUGGUAGACCUCAACUCUGCCCCUCCUGCCCAGGAGCAGAACGAAGCUGUAGAGGAAAAAGACAAGUCCCUGGACUGCAAAAGAUGCAACCGCAAGUUUAGCAACAGACGGCAGAUCCUGAAGCACAUCUGCCUGAUGGCUCUGAAAGAUGAGGAAGAGGAGGAGGAGGAGGAGGAGGAGCAUUGUGAGCGAGAUAGUGAAGGUGGGCCGAGUGCUGAGGAGAAGGAUGAGGCAAGAGCGAGAAGCUCCAAGAGGGCCCGGACUCUGUGCUCUGAGAAGUGUUCUUCCAUGAAGCAGCCGGAACGUGUGGGAACCCCAUGCAAAAACCCCAUAAUCAAUGUGGUUCUCACCGCCCACGAGGCACUUCCGGGUGCUACAAAGAUAGUUCCAAUUGAAGCCACGCCAGCAGAAGCUGGUCCUUUAGCGGAUGCUGCCUCUCAGACCAUGGCUGCUGGACCCCAGGCUACUGGCUCUCAGGCCUCUGCCCUCCAGGCAUCCACCCCCAUGGAGGCUGCCCUCCAAGCAGAGGGGCCCAGGAGGGGUUUUCAGGAGUACGCCAUUCAACAAGACACCUAUCAGGAGCCACUGAAGCCUUGCAGGUCAGUGCAGACCCAGCUAAAGAUCUUCACAUGUGAGUACUGCAACAAGGUCUUCAAGUUUCGCCACUCUCUACAGGCCCACCUGCGUAUUCACACCAAGGAAAAGCCGUUUCAGUGCCCCCACUGUGACUACGCCAGUGCCAUCAAAGCCAACUUGUGCGUCCACAUGCGUAAACACACAGGGGAGAAGUUCAGCUGCGGCCACUGUUCCUUCAGCUGCCUGAGCAGGGGCCAACUCAGAGUGCACGUAGAGCGCGUCCACCAGAGGAUCAAGCAGCACUGUCCUUUCUGCAAGAAAAAGUACUCGGACAUCAAGAACCUGCUGAAGCAUGUCCGCCAAAAACACAACAUGGAAGACGCCAAGGUGAAGGAGGCCUACGACCAGCUGAGGCUGCAGACCCGCGAGGGCAAGAGGCAGCUGCUCUACCACUGCAGCACGUGCCAGCGCAAGUUCAAGAACCAGCUGGAACGCGACCGCCACAUGCUAGUCCACGGCACCCAGCGUCCGUUUAGCUGCGAGCUGUGCGACCACGGCUGCACCAAGCUGCCCGUCUUGCAGGCCCACGUGCGGAAACACCCGUUUAUCUACGUGUGCUCUUCUUGCCAGAAAAAGUUCAUCAGCUCCAUGCGCCUGAAAGCCCAUCUGCAGGAGGCUCACCCUGACUGGGACGAGGCGGAGGCCUUUCCUGAGUGCAUCAGCAGCAGCUUCUGCUUGCUGGAGCCUGGAGACGACCUCAGGAGAGAGAUGCUGAAGCAGGACGAGCUGAGGAUCGCGCAGGAGUUGGCCCAACUAAACGUGCCCGGGGAGGAGGGAGCAGAGGGGGGAGAAGAGGUGACUGAGGAGAAGGGGUUCGAAAGAUGUAGGAAGGAGGAGGGGAGAGAGCAGCUGACCAAAGACAAGGGAGCAGGGAGUUGCAGGAAGGAAGAGGAAGAGGGGCUAGAGGAGCUGACUGAGGAGAAGGGGGAAGUGAGGUGUAGUGAGAAAGAGGUGGGGGUGGGGCGUGCAAAGCCGGAGUGUGUCAGGCCGUCUGCAGAGACUUCCAUGUCAGACCAGGCUACCGACAGCCCCGAUCACCUUGAACCUGCAGAGACGACACAGGAAGUCAUCCGUGUAGAGACAGUUGAUAGAUCACCGAGCAUGCAAAGAAAAUGUCCUGCUGAGAAGGUAGAGAUGCCAGCACACGCACCUGCCGAGGGACUGAGCGCUUUCCAGCAGAUAGUGGACAAGAUGCAGAAACGUCGUCUGUGCAUGGCUCUGUUUGAGAGGAUACGAAGGGUGUAUGGCGAUCUAGAGUGUGAAUACUGUGGAAAGCUGUUCUGGUACCAGGUGCAUUUCAACAUGCACGUGCGCACGCACACCAAGGAGCACCUGCACUACUGCAGCCAAUGUAACUACUCAUCCAUCACCAAGAACUCCCUGCAGCGGCACAUGGUCCAAAGGCACAGUAAUGUGCUGCUGCGCUGCCCUGCCGUGGCCUGCACCUACAACACACCUGACAAGUACAAGCUACAAGCGCACAUUAAAACUCACUCCGACCAGGAGAAGAAAACCUUCCCAUGCCCUGCGUGCGAGCAAAGGUUUACAGAGGACCGACUUCGUUAUCACAUCAAAACAAGCCAUCCAGAGACUCCAAUGAGCGCGCUGACAGCGGUUCUAGGUGUGCGCGUGCAGGUGAAGGGCAAGAUCGGCACGCGGCCUUCCAAGUGCCCCUACUGCGACUCCUACUUCAUUAGAAACGGCACCGACCUGCAACAGCACAUCUGGGCUCACGAAGGAGUGAAGCCUUUCAAGUGUUCCCUGUGCGACUACGCCAGUCGCAGCAAGAGCAACCUGAAGGCCCACAUGAACAGACACAGCACAGAGAAGAGUCACCUGUGUGACACCUGCGGCAAGAAGUUCAAGUCCAAAGUGACACUGCGCAGCCACAGACUGAUGCACUCGGACGAAGGAAAGCAGUACAAGUGUACCGAGUGUGACUAUACGGCUGCGUACAAACCAGGGCUGCUGAGGCACAUGGAGCAACACGCCUCGUUUAAGCCUUUCCGAUGUGCUCACUGCCACUACUCCUGUAAUAUCGCGGGACCCCUGAAGAGACACUACAGCAGGAAGCACCCCGAGGAGGAGUACCACAAUGCCGGACCUGGAGGAACAGCCAUCCCAGAAGCUGUGGAACAGCAAGGUGGUGUAAACUGCCCAGUGUGCGAGUUUGCCUAUGGAACCAGGUGGGAGAUGAAUCGGCAUCUAAAGAACAAGCAUGGCCUACGCCUGGUGGAGAAUGAUGGAGCUGGUGUCACCCACUGGGAGGUGGUGGAAAGUGUGGAGGAGCCCACCGCUCAGUACCUUCAAGUCACUGAGGCUGAUGAGGUGCAGGAAGAUCAGGGGGUGGAGACCACCCAGGAGGUGCAGACCACCGAGAGGACAGAGACGGCAGCAGCGGCCCUCCAGGGCCUGCGCUUCACAGAGAAUGGAGUUGUAACAUCAGCCGAGGGACUCGAGCCCUCAACGAUGAACAUCCUCCAGCAGAUCAUUGAGCUCGGCUCAGAGAGUCACGAGGCUUCAAUGGUUGCCAUGGCACCUGGCACAGUGACUGUGGUGGAGCAGGUCGCGGAAGAGUCGUCCGUGGGUAACCAUAGCGACCAGGCCGUAUUGAUCCAGGAGGCAUUCCAGCGAGCGGUGGGCCUGGGGGAACAGCACCACCUAGUGGUGGCUUCAGACAACCUGGAGGGCAUUGAGACAGUGACGGUCUACACACAGGGAGACAACGCCAACCAGUUCAUAGUCUAUGUCCAGGAGGCCCUGCAGACACAAGAACAGACUGUGGAGACAGACUAGUUACGUCAAAAAUCAUGGAGGAUCAGAAUCACCGCGUGUUGUCUUACUGACAGCUGAUCCGCCUACUGCCCUUUUAUGACUUGAAAUGUAUCAUUUCAUUAUUUUUGAGUGUAUAAUUUUAUACAAAUGUCAUAUUUGCAUUUUAUACGAAGUCAAGUGUUUAACUCCUGAGAAUACUGAAACAGAUUUACAUUUUCCAUUCUCUCUCCAAUGGAUUGUGAAUCUGGGACACACACACCUGUGAUACCGAGCCAGCACCAGGGGUGACGAGUAGCUAUUGCAGUUUCUUUUGCACAGAAUCUAAUUCAUUUGCAUCCUUCUGAACCGUCUAUUUAAACAAGAUGGAGCAACAAUCUGAAACAAUAAAAAGUUAUAUCAUGACAUACUUUUUGA